GAGAGGCUGUGUCUUUAAUUAACCACUACACCACAGUGCUAUACGUUUUGCUUUUCAUGCAGUUGUGUGAUCAUACAUGGAUUUCAAGUGUCAUUGCUCUAUCAGUUGGGUAGAUAAGGUUUAGGAGACAAUUAUUGAUUUCAUCUGUAUAUUUUUCUCCAUUAGGUUGUCUACUCAAUGCACCUCAAUUUACCGAUAGUGCCAAGGUCAGGCUGGUCAAUGGAAAUGAUCGAUGCUCUGGCAGAGUGGAGGUCUAUAACAGUGAUCAGUGGAGGAGAGUGUCUGGUGAUGACUGGGAUGAUAUGGAGUUGGAUGCAGAGGUGGUGUGUAGACAGCUCAACUGUGGGAGUGCAGUGAGUGCCCCAGUGAAUGCUUUCUUUGGUCAGGGCAGUGGGAUGAUCUCAAUGGAUGAUGUGGAUGAUGAAAGUGAUCUUUCAGUGGGGUCUGGUUAUGGAUUUGAAGGAGAGGAUGGUGAAGAUGCUGGUGUUGUCUGCUCAGAGAGUCCCCAGAUCAGGCUGGUCAAUGGGACCGGUCUUUGCUCUGGCAGAGUGGAGGUCUAUUACAGUGGCCAGUGGCGGACAGUGUGUGAUGAUGACUGGGAUAUGAUGGAUGCAGAGGUGGUGUGUAGACAGCUCAACUGUGGGAGUGCUGUCAGGGCCCUAGAGAACGCCCACUUCAGUCAGGGCAGUGGGCCAACCUGGAUGGAUGAUGUUGGGUAG